AUGCCACGUGCUUUGUGGAUGCUGUGUGCCUUGGGGACCAUAAUCAACGUCUCCAAAGAAGGGACCCCUGAACGUACUUCUCUGUCUUGUGACUCCACGGGUGUCUGCGAUGGCCAUGCUAGAUCUUUAAAGUCCAUUCCUUCAGGGCUCACGGAAGCGGUGAACAGUCUUGACCUGUCCAACAAUGAGAUUACAUAUGUCAGCAACACAGACCUGCUUGUGUAUGUGAACCUCAGAGCUCUUAUUCUGAAAGCCAAUGCAAUUUACAGAAUUGAUGAAAAUGCUUUCUUCUCUCUUGGAAAGCUCAAAUAUUUGGACUUAUCCAGUAACUACUUAACUAAUUUGUCAGCCUCCUGGUUCCAUCCUCUUUCUUCCCUGCAAUACUUAAACUUACUGGGAAAUCAUUACAAAGAACUGGGGGAAACAUCUCUUUUCUCUCAUCUUACUAAUUUGCAGAUCCUGAAAGUUGGAACUGUUUACACCUCUAGAAUUCAGAAAAAGGAUUUUGCUGGAAUAGCGUUUCUUAAGGAACUUGAGAUUGAUGCUACAAAUCUCCAGAGUUAUGAGCCAAAAAGCUUGAAGUCAAUUCAAAAUAUAAGUAAUCUAAUCCUUCACUUAAAGCAGCCUUUUUUACUGUCAGCGAUUUUUGUAGAUAUUUUAGACUCCUUGGAAUAUUUUGAAUUGAGAGAUACUGAUCUAUAUAAUUUCCAUUUUGUAGAACUACCCACCAGUGAAACCCAUCAACUGAUUAAAAAGUUUGUAUUUAGGAAGGUGGAAAUCUCUGACGAAAGUGCUAGUGAAAUUGGGAAACUCUUGAGGUAUGGCUCUGAGUGUCUAGAAUUAGAGUUUGAUGACUGUACCCUUAAUGGAGUUGGUGCCUUUGAUUUAUUUGUGAUGGAUAAAGUUAAGCAUACAGGUAAAGUAGAAACAUUGAUAGUACGGAAGCUGUAUAUUCCAAAGUUUUAUUUAUUUCAUGAUUUGAGCACAAUAUACGCACUCACAGGAAAUGUUAAAAGAAUCACAAUUGAAAGCAGUAAGGUUUUUCUGGUUCCUUGUUCUCUUUCACAACAUUUAAAUUCACUGGAAUACCUAGAUCUUACUGACAAUUUGAUGGUUGAAGAGCACUUGAAUAAUGCAGCUUGUGAGGGUGCCUGGCCCCUCCUACAAACCUUAAUUUUAAGGCAAAAUCAUCUGACAUCUCUAGAAAAAACUGGAGAAAGUUUGCUUACUCUGAAAAACCUGAUUAGCCUUGAUAUCAGUAAGAAUAAUUUUCAUUCUAUGCCUACAGCUUGCCGGUGGCCAGAAAAAAUGAACUCUUUGAACCUAUCUAGUACACGGAUACACAGUUUAACCCCUUGUAUUCCCCAGACGCUGGAAAUUCUAGAUCUUAGCAAUAACAAUCUUGAUUCAUUUUCUUUGCCUUUGCCACAACUCAGAGAACUUUAUAUUUCCAAAAAUAAUUUGCACACUCUGCCAGACUCCACUUUGUUACCUGAGUUACUAGUCAUGAGAAUCAGCAAGAACACAAUAAACACUCUCACUAAGGAACAAUUGGAUUCUUUUAAAAACCUGAAGACUUUGGAGGCAGGCAGAAACAACUUCAUUUGCUCCUGUGAAUUCCUGUCUUUCAUUCAAGAACAGCAGGCGCUCACCGAGGUCCUGGUGGACUGGCCAGAAAACUACCUUUGUGACUCCCCAUCCCAUGUGCGGGGCCAGCGAGUUCAGGACACACACCUCUCCUUUGCAGAGUGUCACCAGGCAGCCCUGGUGUCUGCGGUGUGCUGUGUCAUUCUCUUGGUGAUCCUGCUCACUGGGGCUCUGUGCAAAGUUUUCCAUGGACUGUGGUACAUGAAAAUGAUGUGGGCCUGGCUGCAGGCCAAAAGGAAGCCCAAGAAAUCACCUGCCAGGGAGAUCUGCUACGACGCCUUUGUUUCCUAUAGUGAAAGGGAUUCCUACUGGGUGGAGAACCUUAUGGUUCAAGAGCUAGAGAACUUCGAACCCCCCUUUAAAUUGUGCCUUCAUAAGCGGGACUUUGUUCCUGGGAAAUGGAUCAUUGACAAUAUCAUUGACAGUAUUGAAAAGAGUCACAAAACAAUCUUUGUGCUUUCUGAAAACUUUGUGAAGAGUGAGUGGUGCAAGUAUGAACUGGACUUCUCCCACUUUCGUCUCUUUGAUGAGAACAAUGACACCGUCAUUCUCAUUCUUCUGGAGCCCAUUGAGAAGAAGGCCGUUCCUCAGCGGUUCUGCAAGCUACGGAAGAUCAUGAACACCAAGACCUACUUGGAGUGGCCCACGGAUGAAGCCCAGCAGCCGGGGUUCUGGUUAAAUUUGAGAACUGCAAUAAAGUCCUAG